AUGGAGCAUACACACGAGAAAUCUGCGACGGGCAGCUUGACAAUACCUGGGUCUCCUGAGGAUGGACACCCAGUUGGUGUCGGGAACGCUGGACAAGAUGUUGCGAUUGCGAUCGUGGGGGAACAUCGACAGGAGAUUGACCCCGCGGUUGAAGCUCGAGUUGUACGGAAGAUUGAUCUGUUUUUGAUACCGGCUAUGAUUAUCAUGUAUGGACUUGUUUAUUAUGAUAAAGCAAUCCUAGGAUCAGCGGUCCUCUUUGGAAUGACAUCCGACCUGCACCUCUCGAAGCUAGACACAAGCACGAAGCCUCCCAAGAACGAUACUUCUCGAUUGAGUUGGGCGACCUCGAUGUUCUAUUUCGGCAUGCUCGCGGGUCUAUAUCCUAUGACGUUCGCGUUGCAACGGUUCAAAAUGGGCCGCAUACUUGGAGGGAUCGUCUGCUUCUGGGCGUUGAUAUGUCUGCUCACCGCAGCUGUUACAAGUUGGCAAGGCCUAUAUGUGCAGCGAUUCUUUUUAGGAUUCGUGGAAAGCAUUAUACCUACAGCACUAAUGUGUAUUGUGAGCUCUUUCUACACGCAAAAGGAACAAUCGCUACGUCAAAGUUGGUGGUUUUCUUCUACGGGCAUCUUUACAAUCAUCGGAGGCGCUCUGAAUUAUGGCUUUGCUCAGAUCACAGGUGGAAAUCUAAAGCGAUGGCAGUAUAUAUACCUUCUCGCUGGAUCUUUGACCUUUCUGGCGGGUCUAUGUUGCUUUUUUGUACCCGAUUCGCCUGCUUCUGCUUGGUUCUUGACGGCUGAAGAGCGGGUCGUUGCUACUGAGCGUUUGAGAUAUGGUCAAACAGGUGUUCGAUGCACAAAGUUCAAAUGGUAUCAGAUUCGAGAGUCAGUCCUUGACAUAAAGAUCUGGUUGGUAGCAUUGAUGAUGGCUUCUGCCUACACUGUUAAUGGAGCUGUCUCUGGAUUUGGUCCCCUGAUUGUUUCUACCUUUGGCUAUUCGACGUUGGAUUCUAUACUUUUCCAGUUUCCUCUGGGCGGCAUCUGUUUUAUCUUCAUUCUUUUGACAGGUUUUCUUUCGUCACGUAUACCAAAUAUUCGCAUUAUAUUGCUUGUUUUGUGUUGCUUACCAGUCAUAGCUGGCUGUGCUAUUAUCUGGAAAAGCUCAUGGUAUCACCGCGCAGCAGCUCCAGUGAUAGGCUACUCCAUUAUCGGAUGGUUUGGUGCUGUCGUCUCGUUGAUUAUCACCAUUGGAAUGGCCAAUGUAGCAGGACAAACGAAAAAGUGUUUUAUGGCUGCAACCAUCUUCGUUGCCUACUGCGUUGGAAAUAUUGUUGGUCCUCAGUUGAUCAAGUCGCAGACCAAGUCAAGACACUAUCCUGAGCUAUGGCUUGGUCUCGUUAUCUGCUAUUGUAUUACCAUAGUAUCUGCUAUUGCAUUAUACGUUGUUCUCUACAGGGAGAAUCAGCGUCGUUCGAAACUGGACUUGAAUGAUAUAGAUAGGGACAAAAUGGCUUUCCAGGAUCUGACAGACAAGGAGAAUCCGUACUUUCAACCACAGCUCUCAGACAACGCAGCAAUCGCACAUCUUCUCCACACGUUGAUUUAUCAUACCGCAUACCUUAUUUCUGACAUCGAAUACUAUUAUAUAGAGCUCCGUCUCCCAGUUGAAAUGGGCAAACCAACUCCAAGAACUAGAAACAUCAUGGCUCAAUCAACAUACCAAACCGUUGUCCUUGCUCAGAGACCUAAGGCUACCAUUGUGCCUGGGGAGACCUUUGCCUUAAAAGAAAACCCUAUGAUCUCUGAGGCUGAUCUCAAAGAUGGCGAAGUUCUCGUCGAGGUAUUGUAUCUCUCUCUCGAUCCAGCCAUGAGAGGUUGGCUGAAUGAUGUUCGCUCCUAUAUGCCACCAGUUCAGAUUGGCGAAAAGAUGCGAGGUGCAACGAUAGCUAAAGUCAUCGCUUCAAAAUCUAAAAAAUUCAGCGUUGGCGAUCUUGUUACGGGAAACCCGGGUUGGACUGAAGUAGCAGUUAUCGCCGACACAGAUCCAUCGCUUCAACUAGCUAACAUCCCAUCAAACGGCAAAAUCACUGACGUUCUUGGAUGUCUCGGUUCUACCGGGCUCACUGCGUACUUUGGUAUGACAGAUAUCGCUAAAGUCAAAGCUGGAGAUUUUGUCGUAGUCUCUGGUGCUGCUGGUGCUACUGGCAGUAUCGCUUGCCAGAUCGCUAAGCUCAAGGGAGCGAAGGUUUUGGGAGUUGCGGGAAGUGAUGACAAGGUCGCGUGGCUGAAAGAGCUGGGUUGCGAUGAUGCUCUUAAUUACAAGGCUGCAGAUUUCAAGGAGCAGUUCAGAGCCAAGACCCCGGAUCUUAUUGAUGUUUUCUUUGACAAUGUUGGGGGAGAGGUUUUGGAAUUAGCGUUCUCGAGGGCGAAGAUGUUUUCUAGAUUUGUAAUUUGUGGAGCUAUCUCUCAGUAUAACUCCGCCAAACCACAGGGUCCGAAGAACUUCUCAAUGAUCAUAGCCAUGCGUAUAAGAGUUCAGGGAUUCCUUGUCUUUGAUUAUGUUAAGGAGUACGCCAGCGCAAGAAAGGAGCUUGCGCAGUGGUUGGCCGAGGGUAAGAUUCAGCGUAAAGAGACAAUUAUCAAAGGCGGGCUCGGUGCUGCUGAGAAGGGUUUGGUAGAGUUGUAUAACGGUGUUAACACUGGUAAAUUGCUCGUCGAGGUCAAGGCAGAUAGUGAGAGCGUCGCUUCGAGAUUGUAG